UGCCAUUGGUCCGCUGUUCGUCGGCAACCGCUGGCUCCGUGCGUGCAACCGUGUUUGUUCACAUCUCGCAUUCCGAAAGCACGGCGCGGCAUGUAAGCCGGGCUUGGCGCGGGCCGACAGGUGGUGUCCCACGAUCCGACCGGUCCUCAGGACAAGUUGGCACUCGCCGUGGACGCGUUGAAGCGACCCCCGAACCCUUCGUGAGCGCAAGCGCCUCCGAGCCACUAGACAGCAGCAACGAUGGCCGCGGUGGCGUGCGGUCGCUUCUCGCAGAACGCCUGGCGCCGCGAGAUGUGUGCCAACUGCUUCAAGCCUAAGACGGAGCACGCGGCGCCCCCGCCACGACCCCCGGCGCCCCCGCCAACCGCCGUGCCCCAACACAGCAUCCUCAAAGGCGUGGGCAAACGGCCUGAGAAUAAGGCCCCAAAGCCCGCAGGUGUUUGCUUUCCGAAGGAGGAAGCUGAGAUAAUUGGUUACGACGGCGGCGACGUGUCCACCGAUGACGAGGAUAACUUUGAGUCUACCUCCGAGAGUGACCUGCCCGAUUCGUCUUUCCCGGAGUUGAGCGACGCUGAGGACAAAGCUCUGCAAAACCUAACCCGCAAAAACACCGACUUCAACUCUGACAACUUAAACUUACUGAAAGCAUCCGCGGCACAGCCGUCAGCCACCAAUGGCAUCUCGAACGGCAACAAAAUCACCGUGAACAUAACAAACUCGGUCACAACCAAUGGCAAACCAAAGUCUGAAAAGCUGGAACUGGGCAAGAGCGUCGUUCACAAAAGCACUGUACCUAUUGUGCCGGUGACUCCAUUCGGCUCAAAGCCCACCGCAAUCUGCGCCCCCACACCAAAAGAAAGGUUCUCUUUUGGUGCAGCCUCGUUUCCAAUCUCACGCCCACCGGAAAAUUGCACGACAGUUGAAAAGUUGGAGAAAAAGGAGCGGUGGCCGCCGCUGGGCCACGAGGACACCUCUUCUCGUCUGACGGCGCCGGCCUUGGUCAAGACGAUCAAAGAGAUCAGCCCACUGAAAGAAAAGAAAGAAGUUGCGCCAGAACCGACCAUUGUCAAGAUUGAAGUGCCCUCAAAGCCCAUAGAAGAAGUAGGCCUCUCUUUGACGCCGAGCGACAGCGACGCCUCCACCCUCUCAGAGGACGAGGCGAAGAAACCACCAGCCUUUCUGCGUCACAAAGACUCUGUCGAUUUGAUUUCCCCACCGCGGAGUCCGCUUCUUCCGUCCAAAAAGGACCAGAGACCGCCUCCCAUUGGAAAGGUCGCCUCUGAUUUGUGCAUCGCGUUGAAAAAUAAUGUACUGAAUAAAAAGCCCGAGUUUGAGAGGAGGAGGAAGAAUGGGACGAAGCUCUCCGCCGCCCCAAUCCGAAGGUGGACUGUCAGCAGCGACAGGGUUGUGAUCCAGCCCAGGCGGCCGAUCAUGGACGCCCCAGAAAUUGUGCCGCUCACCCUACACCCUUUCAAACAGCUAGAGCCUAGAGAAUUGGCAGGAGAGCCAGACGGAGAAGACUCAAAGGUCGAUGUGGCGGACUGCCAGCCACCCCCGGCCAGUGAAAUCGUGAUGAAGGCCGAGGAAGCGCCAAUUGAACAGCUCGAGGAGCCUAAGACUGAGGAGGUUGUUUCCGAUCCUCCAGAAGAAGCGCAGCCACAGGAGGUUGAGGUGGAAUUGACACCUGCCACCAAGGAAACAGACCCUGGAAAGGCGCCGACUCCUCCGAGUUCUCCCCUGCCGGAGGAGGACCUGCCGCCGAUGCUGCCCAACACCCCGCCGCCGGUGCUGCAGGAGAAAACUCCUUCACCAGUGCUUCCGGUGGAAAUUCCUCCACCAGUGCUGCAGGAGAAAACUCCUUCACCAGUGCUUCCGGUGGAAACUUCUUCGCCGGUGCUGCAAAAGAAAACUCCUUUGCCGGAGCUUCCGGUGGAAACUCCUCCACCAGUGCUGCAGGAGAAAACUCCUUCUCCGGUGCUUCCGAUGAGGACUCCUCCACCGGUGCCUCAGGUGAAAACUCCGCCACCGGUGCCGCAAGGGAUAACUCCUUUGCCGGUGCUUCUGAUGAGGACUCCACCGCCGGUGCCUCGGGUGAGAACUCCGUCGCCGGUGCGGCAGAUGAGAACUCCGCCACCCAGGCCGGCCAAUCUGCCCAGUCCAGGCAGUGCCGACGCACGCACUUCCUUUUUGCAUUGCAACAUGCUAGGACGGCCGCAGGUGCCUGCCAAACCCGCGUCGCUGGUGCUGGCCAAUGUGUCUAGCAGCGGACGCCGCCACUCAACCACACCCAUGGCUAUCCCGGUUCCAACCCCGGUGACGCCAGUCAGGUCGGAGGAAAGCCAAAAGACAGUUGUCGUUGCAACCCCGCAAACCCCUCCAACUCCAGAGCCACCUGCCAUCCAGGGCGACCCUGAAUCAUACGAAACCCCGAAAAGCCUGCCUUACACGAUCGACGGCAAGCCGCCCAUUUUCUCGCCGAGACCCAAACUUGGCUCGAUCAAGAAGCGGCAGGCGCCUAAGCCGCCGGGCAGCAAGAAAGAGGACAAGUCGGAGGAGAAUGGCGACGAGCUGCAGCGGCGCGGCAGCAUCACCAGCAUCGACAGGUCGGUCCUGCAGGCGUCCAAAAAGAACGUGAACCGCUUCUCGCUGAAACGCAUCUUCAGGAAAGGCAGCAAGGAGGAGCGGGCCACUUCGCCCGACAGCAACGCCAGCGUCACCUCCACGCCGUCGUCGCCUGAGAGCCCCUGCCGACCUGAAAUCAUCCACCCGUCCAACCUGGACGGACGGCAGGUCGAGGUUGUCAGCAGGAUGGAGCAGAGCCCCACUUCCCCUACCACCCCGACAACGCCCACCACCCCAACGGAUGUCAACGCAGCCACGCCCCUUGCUCGGCCGAGACCGCCACCGCCUCCGAGGACCAUGUCACUUCCGCAAAACACAGCCAACCGACCAGCCCGUCCACCUCCCCCUCAGUCAAUGCAGUUGCUGCAAAUGAGGGAGAGGGCCAGCGACCCAAAUGCAGUCAAACCGGAAGACUCGAUUUACGCGAAUCUUGAUUCGGUCAAGUGUCGCGUAGCGAUUUCUGCUGCGGCCAGUAAGGCGCAGAGGAGUGGAAACGCAAGGGAGCAGCCCGAAAAGUCCAGCCCCACCAGCCCAGAUGAAGGGGAAUACGAGACAGUUCAAUUUGGCGAUGGCAGAACGUUGAAGAGGCGUCGCUCAGUGAUCCUGGGCUCCCUCGAGGAGAACUAUGGCGCCGUGGUGGGUGCGAACCACCGAGCCCUGGCCCAGCUGCUGUCCGUUUGGCUCUCCAGACCGCUGCCUGCUGAGGUGACUUCCGUUUCCAUUCCGUGCUACGCUGGCGAAUGCCGCAACGUUGACGAGAAGACUCUGGUGGUCAUGCAGAUUCUCACCGAGCUCAAGAAAAUGCAGCAGGAAGGCGCCACUGCUGCCAAUCUGGACCAGUUCAGGGUCACGCGUCCAAAGGACGCCACUCUUGCGGAAAUCGGCCCACGCGUCGAGUGCGAGAAAGAGGUGGCACCGAACGGCUCCCUUCCCGCGGUGGCGAGCCGCGUGUGCCAGCUGCUGGCGCCGACAGACACGGCCCUGGCGCCGCUGCUCGACGCAUCCGACUUUGACCGCUCGCUCAACUACCUGGAGCUGAAGGCGUGGGGCCCUGAGCUGGCCCCGGUCGACCGCGAAGUGUCUCUCCAACGGUGGCUCGACCUGGAGAGGGCCACCGCCCUGCAGAGCCUGGCGCAGAACAGAGGCGCCGGCCGAAUGCCAAUUGCUCAAGAGAUGUUCAUCAGUUUCCUGGUGGAGGCUUCUGCGGUCGGGCUCGCGCUGGCUGCCAAACUUGACUAAUCUUCUGUGUAAAUGAUUGUACUGUACAAACAAACACGUCCGAGUUUUGCAUUUUUGCUAACUACUGCUGUUCUUAAACUAACGACAAUGGUGCCAUGAGGUGGAAUAAGAAGUAUUUUCGUAAGAGCAUUGUAUGGAUCUGUAUUAUAUAUUUUUUGAAAUCUCUUGAUGUACUUUUUACGAGAACUGUUGACAUUACAAUUAAAAGACGAGAAACUAUUUGUUAAAUUAAAAACCAAGCAUUUCUUAUAUAUAUA